AUGUCAACCGGGCCUGCGAAUAGCUGGCUGCGCGCUCAGCGCAAGAGCGACCUGGUGGAAUUGGCGGACCAAGUCGGCUUCAAGAACUACGAUGGUCUCAAAAAGACGGAGCUCGAGUCCGCUCUCGACGACUUCAUUGCGGGGAACAGCGGCCGCCUUUCCUCCCGAUCUGAGCUGUCUGGUUACUUCGCCAGCCGAACCAAGGCCCUGGGCUCUCCCGUCAAGCGCGAGUCCAAGGAGCCCAAGGAAUCCAAAGAGCCCAAGGAGACCAAGGAGCCCAUCAAGGAGGAGCUGGAGAAGGGCGUCAAGGCCGCCAAGCGGAGGGUCACCAAGACUGCCGAGGACCUGAUUUCUGCAGAUAGCGAAGAUGUCCGCGCCGCCUCUACUGCCCUCAUCCAGACUCCCGCUCGCAGCCUGUCCCGCGUCGCCUCGCGCAUUCCUCUUCCCGCCACGCCGGCCGACGUCGCUCAAGCUGUCGACCGCUCCACCCUGGCCGUGCGCCGCCACGUCUCGUCCUUUUACCAAGAGAGCGGCAUUGGCGAGGCUUCCAAUGCCACCCGCGAAACUCUCAGCAAUGUGAACAGCAUUCUCCUCGUUGUCUCUGCUUUCGAACUUUGGUAUAUCCGGCCGGAGAUCCUGGCUAACCGCUAUGCCUUUACUAUCCCUGCUCUUGGCUUCCUCGGCACUUCCGACCACCCUGUCUACUUGCCUGACAUGUUCCUCCUGCUCACUGCGAGCUUCUGGUCUCCCGCUCUGACCUGGGCCUUCACCAGCUUCAUCCUGCCCAGCCUGCUUGGUUAUUUCUUCAAUCUUAGCGCCACAAACACCUCCAGCGGACCCAAGACUCGCUCUCGCGCUCAGGCUCCCGAGACUGUUGUCGAUCCCUUGACCUUCAGCAUCGUCAAGGCACUCGUCUCGUUUGUUGUCUAUGGCCAGGGCGUCACUUUUGGUGGCCUCCUUUCCGAAGCAGCCAUCGAACGGCUCAAUGAAGCUGUCUACGGAGGCUACAAGGGCAUGCUGACCGGAACCGCCAUUACUGGCUUGCUUAGCAUUUACGAUGCGGUGCUGAAGAAAUAA